AAACGUCCAAAACAUUUUUGGCAACUUUGAAUUGAAACCACACUUAGCUCAGAUUUUUUUCGCUUUGCAAAACCAAACCUAACCCAACCCACAAGAUCGAUCAAUCCAAGAAUCCAACAAUACUUUCUGCAAUUUUGCAAUCGACGAUUAUGGAUGAAGAUCGGAUCGGCCUGGUCUUGGCUAAGACCUCCGAGUUGAGGUCCAAGAUCGUUAGCUGCAUUCGCUCCAAGGACUUCGAAUAUGAUGAUGAUGACAACAACGAUAAUGGCGUUGCUGACCAAGCGGACAACCUUCUUAGGAUCAGAGAUGCACUCGAAUCCCUCGAACUCCAGCUCUCUUCACUGCAGGCACUGCAGCAGCAACAAUGGUACGAAAAAGAGUCGGCCUUGGCUGAAAUCGAGUUCAGCCAAAGGAAGUUGCUCAAAGUGUUGAAGGAAUACAAAGGCAAGGAUUUGGAAGUCAUACACGAAGCCAUCGCUUUCGCAAGCGUAACAGAGGACAACAACGACCUUCUCCUUCCACCAUAUCCAACCCGACCUUCUCAACCCAUUAUCGCAGACACCGGCUAUCUCUCAACUUUCAUUUCCGCUCGAAAAGAUCCUCAAAAAGGGACUCCACCUAGCGCCCGCAAAGAUCCCGAAUCCAUUCCAAACAACAUCCAUUUAUCAGAUAGUGAUCCGCGCCAAUCCAGGUCGAGUGGCCCGCUCAAACCGGUGAAAUUCUUGAUCGGCACAGCUACCAGGACUGCGCUGACUAUACUUGGGGUGAUCACUAUCCUGAAUUUGUCCGGUUUCGAGCCCAGUCUGAGAAAACGAAGCGAUCAGUUUAAGUUUCUGGACUUGUUUCAGCUGCAAUGGUUGAACAAUGUGAGAAGAAAUCAAAAUGACGGCAAGUGCCCGCCGGGGAAGGUCCCCGUGACCGAAAAUGGUGAGAUGCGGUGUGUCGUGAAAGAGAGAAUCGAAAUUCCAUUCGAGUCGGUUGUCGCGGCUCCUAAUGUGAGCUACGGUUUUGGGUGAAGAGAAAUGCGAGGCUACAUUCUUGUCGAAGAAAUAGAGACGGGAGAGCAAAGGGAGCUUUUUACACCAUUGUUGUACAUUCCCAUUGCUUUCAAAACUAACUGAAUUUAUCUUUCUCGAAAUCAUAGGAGAAGCACAUUCAGGUUUGGCGUCGAAAGUCUCCAGGCUGGCUUAUGGUCUCGCCUGAUAUCUGAUCGUCUCGACUCGGGUAAGUUCAUGUUGUAAGAGCUCUUGCUUUUAAACAAUCAAUUUGCUCCUUAUCCCAAUGAAUGCAUUAUUGUAUAAAUUGUGUGUUUUUGAGUAUUGUGCAUACUUAGAUGCAAAAGAUAGAUUGAUUCUAAGACAUGAUUCUUGUUUCUUGA